UUACUGUCUUUACCUUUAGCCUACCAAUUGAUUUUUCAAAUAAUAGGCCUAUUAAAUUAUUAUCUAGACUUCGUAUAUCAAAAUAAAAAAAUAUCUUAAAAUAGAAGUGUAGGCGUAUUUGUUUUUGGUGUCUAAAUUCCAGUCAAUUUGGAUUGGGAUAUUCAGUGCUAUUCGGCAAUUUACGGUGUUUUGCGAAAGCGCCUGUAAAAAAUUUUCAAACAAAUCACAGUAGUGCCAGUAGUCUAUAUUGUAGCUUACUGUAAAGACAAUAAAUGGAUAAAAUACCAAAAGUUGAAGGUCAUUGUGACAAUGACAAUUUGAAAGCUGAUGCAGACACUGAUAAAAACGAUAAUAAAUUUGACUAUGAGACACAGCAUUUUGGUUUUACUCCUAUCACCAUGGUUAAUGGAAUGUUUAAUGCAGUGUGUGACUUUUACAGAGAAGCAAUCAAAGUGUUUUGUAAAACAUUAAAAGAAAAAUAUCCAAAUGUUAUGAGUGAUGAGGAAUUGAAAAAAGCCGGCCAUGCUGUCAGUGAAUUAAUUGAUAAAGAUGUUUGCGAGGUUUUUGAUGCUAUGGAGUUUUUUUUACUUCGGGAUGUGUUCUCUAUACCAGCUAAUGUUAUCUUACCAGAGGAUGUUUGUCAGCUAACACGGCUUGAUAAAGAGGCUGAAAAUGAUUUAGAAAAAAGAAUAUCUGAAGUAAAGAAGAGAAUAAUUUCAGUAAAGUAUGCUAAUGCUGUGUUAAGUCAACACUUAGAAGAUUCCCAGGCCUUGAGAGCUUCAAUAGACAACAUCAAGAAACUAAUUUCAGAAAGCAACAUCUCACAAACUGGUGGUAAAGGUAUCAAAGACUGGCUCUCUUAUUACAGUGAACAUUUAAAGAAUUCUGUUCUGGAAUAAUUUCUUCUGAUGGUGUCCUGAUCUAUGCAUUUGAUAUAAAUAUAUAUUGUUUUCUGUGAUUUUUUAUUUUCACUUCAAACUUUUGAAGUUAAGCACCAAUUAAAAAUUUGAGUUUUUAAUGUUCCGCAACUAGCUUAUAUAAUAACCUUUUGACAGUAAUCUGUAAUUUUGCAUACAUACCUGUUUUAGAUUUGAUAGUACAUUUGAACUAAAUACCUUGUUGAAAUGUGAGCCUUUUUUUUUACUUUACCAUGAACAAUAGUGUCUCAAUGCAGUUGUGGGACAGCAUGAGCACAUAAUAAAAGUUCUCUAAAGGUAGCCAUAGUCAGGGAAAUAGAUGAACUAAAUUCAUCUACCUCAUAAAAUUAGUUGAUUAAACUGUUAUUUGCAUUACUUCUUUUUCUAUUGCCAUGUAAAAAUGUACAUUUUGAAUAGUCUGUGCCUACUGUAAAAAAUUCAUGUUGAAAU